AUGACUUUUGGAAAGUGGAUAGACAUAAGCCCUUCUGAAGGGACACUAGUGGUGAACAUAGGAGACAUGAUGCAAGCAUGGAGCAAUGAUAAACUAAGAUCUUCUGAACAUAGAGUUGUUUUGAAUCAACCUUUGAACAGGUUUUCAUUGGCCUUCUUUUGGUGUUUUGAGGAUGAGAAGGUGGUGAUGGCACCAGAUGAAGUUGUUGGAGAAGGAAACAAGAGGAUGUAUAAUCCAUUUGAAUUCUUGGAAUACUUGAAAUUCAGAGAGAACAAUCAAAGAGGAAGAUUUGAAAAAGUGGGAUAUACAGUUAAGGAUUUUGCAGGAAUAAGGUCUCAACUGUGA